AUGAUGACAUCGAAAAGCCUAGAUUCCACAGAAACGCUUAUUGAUCAUAAUAGUAAUAAUCACAAUAAAUUGGUCCAGCGAACCACUGAUACCAGUAUUGCCAGCGUUGUCAGUGGCAGCAGCCAGGAUGACAAGGACUAUAGUCAUACACCUAGCCAGAGCUGCACCAAUCACGCGAACCAGCCGAACGACGCGAACCACCUUCAUCCACCUUCAUCUUCAGAGUUAUCCAUAAAUACUUCAGCAGCCAAUGUGCAACCACAUUCACAACCACAUCCCUAUUCGCCUUCACCCACAUCUACAGUGACAACGUCGUCAAACAUACUGAUGGAAGAGCAGCAGCGCCUAUUGCUAAAAGAAAAGAGCCUCGACGAAAUCAAACAGCAAUGCCUGACACUAAUCCACGAAUUAGAGGGAAACCAGCACCCGGAACUCAUAAUAAAGAAACAUAUCCAACAGCUAAAGAAAUACAACGAGUUGAAAGAUGUGGCUUUGCAACUAAUCACCUUGAUCGCAGACCAACGGCAAGUCAAAACCACCGAUAUCUUGGACGAAAUGAAAGUCGAAUGCAGCGACGAAACAACUUUGGAAAAGUAA